AUGGAAAGCACACUGACGGCCCGGGACAAAGUCGGGGUACAGGAUUUCGUGCUGUUGGAUGCCUACACCAGCGAGUCUGCGUUUCUGGACAAUCUUCGAAAGCGUUUCAGCGAGAACCUCAUCUAUACCUAUAUUGGGACCCUCCUUGUUUCUGUGAAUCCGUACCAGGAGCUUGGAAUCUACACUGUGAGCCAGAUGGAACUUUAUCAAGGUGUCAAUUUCUUUGAACUGCCACCACAUCUCUACGCCAUAGCUGACAACGCUUUUGGAAAUGCCCAAACGCUCCGGAAUGACAACUCGAGCAGAUUUGGAAAAUAUAUGGACAUCCAGUUUGACUAUAAGGGCAUCCCCGUAGGCGGGCAUAUCAUCAGUUACCUGAUAGAAAAGUCUCGAGUUGUCUAUCAAAACCAGGGUGAGAGGAACUUCCACAUCUUCUACCAGCUGCUGGAGGGAGGCGAUGAGAAACUCCUUGCUUACCUUGGACUUGAGCGGGACCCCCAGCUGUAUAAAUACCUCUCACAGGGUCAUUGUGCCAAAGAGUCGUCUAUUAAUGACAAGAAUGACUGGAAAACUGUUUCCAGUGCCUUUUCGGUCAUCGACUUUACAGAAGAUGACCUCGAGAAUCUCUUUGGAAUUCUUGCCAGCGUCCUACACCUGGGGAACAUCUGUUUUGAAGAGAAUCACCAAGGCUGUGCCACCGUUCCAGACGCCCAUGAGAUCAAAUGGAUUGCCAAGCUCCUGGGGGUCCACCCAUCCAUCCUUCUGGAAGCUCUCACCCAUAGAAAGAUUGAAGCCAAAAAUGAAGAGGUAAUAUGCCCGUUGACACUGGAACUCUCUGUCUACGCCAGAGAUGCCAUGGCGAAGGCCGUGUACGGACGGACGUUUACUUGGCUGGUCAACAAGAUCAACUCCUCCUUAGCGAACAAGGAUCUCACCAAGAAGACUGUGAUUGGAUUGCUGGAUAUCUAUGGGUUUGAGGUCUUCGACAAGAAUGGUUUUGAACAAUUCUGCAUCAAUUAUUGCAAUGAGAAACUCCAGCAGCUGUUAAUUGAGAGGACGCUUAAGGCGGAACAGGCAGAAUAUGAAAUGGAAGGCAUAGAGUGGGAGCCAAUUCAGUAUUUCAACAACAAGAUCAUCUGUGAUUUGGUGGAAGAGAGGCACAAGGGUAUCAUUUCCAUUCUGGAUGAAGAAUGUAUCCGUCCUGGUCCCGCUACAGACUUGAGUUUCCUGGAGAAACUGGAAGAGAAAGUAGGCAAGCACGCACACUUCCAAACCCGGAAGCUGGCAGGGCCAAAGGGCCGAAAGAGGAUUGGCUGGAUGGAGUUCCGGCUCUUCCAUUACGCAGGGGAGGUCACAUACUGCACCAAAGGCUUCUUGGAAAAAAACAAUGAUCUCCUCUACAGACAUCUGAAAGAAGUGCUCUGCAGGUCCAAAAACCGCAUCCUGAAGGAAUGCUUCCUAGUAGCUGAGUUAGAAAACCGGAGAAGGCCACCAACGGUGGGGACUCAGUUUAAAAACAGCCUGAGCAGCCUUCUGGAAAUUCUCAUCUCUAAGGAACCUUCAUAUAUCCGUUGCAUCAAGCCCAAUGAGAGGAAAGAACCCAGAAAGUUUGACGACCUGCUCAUAAGGCAUCAGAUCAAGUACCUGGGGCUGAUGGAGCACCUGCGCGUGAGACGGGCCGGCUUUGCCUACAGGCGGAAAUAUGAGCACUUCUUGCAAAGGUACAAGUCCUUGUGCCCAGACACCUGGCCGCACUGGCACGGGCCUCCAGCAGAGGGCGUGGCACGGCUGAUCCAGUACAUUGGCUACACGCCUGAGGAGUACAAGUUAGGGAGAACCAAAAUAUUCAUUCGUUUCCCCAGAACUCUGUUUGCUACCGAAGAUGCCUUUGAAUUUAGUAAACAUCAAUUAGUUGCAAGAAUCCAAGCCACGUACAAAGCCUGCCUAGAAAGGAGAGCGUACGUGAGAAAGAGACACGCAGCCAUCAGACUUGAAGCCCACUGGCGCGGGGCCCUGGCUCGGAAGCUGGCCAAAAGGAGAAAGUGGGCUGUGCGGACCGUAAGAAAGUUCAUAAAGGGAUUCAUCAACCGCAACAAGCCCCUCUGCCCAGACAACGAGGAGUUUAUCGUGUUCGUGCGGAAGAAUUACAUCUUGAAUCUUCGGUAUCACGUCCCAAAGAACGUCUUGGACAAGAGCUGGCUGAGGCCUCCUGGCAUCUUAGAAAACGCCUCGGAUCUCCUCAGGAAAAUGUGCACAAGGAACCUGGUUCGGAAGUACUGUCGUGGGAUCACGGCCGAGAGGAAAGCACUGAUGGAGCAAAAGGUGGUUACAAGUGAACUAUUCCGGGGGAAGAAAGAAGGCUAUGCAGAGGCCUUAAACCAGCCCUUUGCCCACAGUCGGAUCGAUGAAGGAGACAUAAAUCCCAAAGUACUUCAGCUCAUCAGCCAUGAGAAAAUCCAGUACGGUAUCCCGGUCAUUAAAUAUGACAGGAAGGGCUUUAGGGCGCGGCAGCGACAGCUCCUCCUCACGCAGAAAGCAGCUUACGUGGUGGAACUUGCCAAAAUCAAGCAGAAAAUAGUGUACUCAACACUCAAAGGUGUCUCUACUAGCAGCCUCAGUGACGGAAUCUUGGUCAUUCACGUUUCACCAGAGGACAACAAACAAAAGGGGGAUGCCGUCUUACAGUGUGAACACGUAUUCGAAGCCGUUACUAAGCUCAUCAUGCUGGCGAAGAGGGGGAACAUUGUCAGUGUUGUUCAGGGGAGUUUACAGUUUUAUAUUAGCCCUGGAAAAGAAGGCACGAUCGUGUUCGACACGGGACCGGAAGAACAAAUCUAUAAAGCUAAAAACGGACAGUUAACAGUGGCUGGGCUGGGCCUCUCCACCGUCCUCACCGGCAAGUAG